AUGUUGUUCGCUCUACGGUAUAGAUCGUUUGGUAUAGAUCGUUUGGUGAGUUCCGAUAGACCCCAGGCGAUUGAGUGUUCUGUCUUGGUGCUGCAGCAGCUGCUGGGUGGGGGAAAGCUGCUGCGGCUCUCUCAGCUGCAGCAGCAGCAGCAGCAGCAGCAGCAGCAGCAGCAGCAGCAGCGGAUGCUGCCGCUUAUCGAAGAAGAAGAUGAGUUGCAGCUUGCAUAG